AUGGCUCAACGCGUCACUUACAGACGUAGAUUGUCAUACAAUACUAGAUCCAAUAAAUGUAAAAUCGUGAAAACUCCUGGUGGUAGGCUGAUUUACCAGUACUUGAAAAAACGCGGAUCUGUGCCGAGAUGUAAAGACACCGGAGUCAAGCUUCACGGAAUUACCCCUGCUCGUCCACGUGAGCUUACUAGACUGAAGAAGAACCAGAGAACCGUCUCUCGCACAUACGGAGGGUGCCUGUCCCCCAAUGCCGUGAAGGAGCGCAUCAUCCGUUCGUUCCUCCUCGAAGAACAGAAGAUUGUCUCAAAGGUUCUCAAGUCCCGACGAGGAGCCGAUAAUUGA